UAUUUGCCUACAAAUUCCUUUGGAUAUCCGAAUUGAAAUGAAAUAUUCUAUUGCUAACCGCGUUUAGGUUAAACCCAGACAAAUAACGCUGUAAUUGAAUAUUUUCCAAUUAUAUUGGAACAAUAAAAAAAAAAUGUAAAAAGUAAUAAUUAUUGCUUAUCACUAUGAAAUACGCUUUCAGACCGUCUGGCGCGUGCACUGAGACGAUUUCGACACAAAUAAAUAAUAUUUUUACUUUGUAUUUCACUUAAAUGUUACUUAGAACAAUUCUUGUUUGCACAGCUUGUGGGGCUUGACGUAGCGUUUUGGAGCGUUAUUAUUCUAACUUCUUUCAUAUCCAUUUUACCAAAACACUAUAGCUCGCAAUAUGGUCUCAGUAGUGUUACGUACUCUCAGGCAUAAUGUUUUACAUUUAUAGCGUGGCGUUUUUAUUAACCGCAUUUAUAGGGAAUCUUUAUGCAACACCCAUUGUUGGUGGAGAAGUCGUAUAUAGUCCUAAAUAUGCGGCACCAAAGUAUCCUUUUAUCGUUUCCAUACAAGAAAUACGUGAAGCGGUUAGUCGUUCGUUAGGCGUACACGAGUAUCGGCACUUCUGUGGCGGCGCUAUGUUGAAUGCCAAAUGGUUCGUGUCGGCGGCUCAUUGUUUUUUGCGCAAAAAGCUUGCACGCAUUGCAGCCGUUAUCGGUCAUGAAAACCUCUUAAACGCCCAACAGAAUAACAGUCGUUACACUAUCGAACGUGUUCAGUUCAUAUACUACCAACCCACAAACAUUCAAAAUGAUAUCGCAUUGGCGCGUUUGAAAAAACGCUAUGUGCCGGAGUUUAAUUUAGUUAACGGUGCUUUUACUCACUUACCGCUGGCAGGCAUGAAAAAUCUUAGUGGUGUUUCCUGUCAGAUAAUUGGUUAUGGCGCAACACAAUAUGCUGGCGAAUUGCAAAAUAAUUUAAUUGAAGGAGAAGUUAGUGUAAUUACCAAACAGCAGUGUACGGAGAUUUUGGGUAGAAUCUUAGCACCGCCACAUGAUGAAACAACACUUUGCGCUCUGGGUGAUAAUCAAGACACUUGUCAGGGUGACAGUGGUGGUCCACUAAUUUGCAAACUCAAUAAUACUCCUUAUAUUUGUGGCAUUGUAUCUCAUGGUCUCACGUGUGGCAUACGUGGUGUGCCGAGCAUCUAUACCGCCAUAGUGCCAUAUCUGGAAUGGAUAAAGUUGGUUAUUAAUGAUAAAAUUGAGCAAACUCAAAUUAAUAAAUUGAAAUAAGCGGAAGUUAAAAGUGAGCACAUAGUUAGUUAUUUAUCGAAAACGAUAACAUCCGCUUGCAAUCAAUCGUAAGUUGUUAUAUCUUGGUGUUUGCUAUUGUACGUAAAGGUAUGUAACGGCCCGGUCUCACGUGCUAGACAAUCCGACAUGCAGUUUUUUCCAUUUUCUAGAAAACGAACUAACGUUUUGAUAUAUUUCGAAAAUUCGAUGCUCAAAGAAAAAAAAUUAAAUGAAAUAAAUAAAACAGAAAAAAACGAAUGGGUUUGAGUGAAGAUGAUCAUA